CCCGGGGGCAUGCGCCACCGCGGCCGUUAGGAGGCGCAAAACCGACGCCUGGGAGCCCGGAGCCUGCGAGCAUGGAGCGGGGCGCUCGGCGGGGCUCCAGGCGCCAAGGCCGGACCCUGAGGGCGCUCGAGCCGGGCGCGCCUGCGGGCAAGCCGAGGCGCAGGUGUGGGCCGGCAGGUGCGGCCGCGGGCUUCGGGGCGGGGCCCGGGGUUAAAUACAGCUGCUGCACCGGCACGGCUGUCUACGCGGCGCUUCGCUUUUCCCGCUUCGACCUGCUUCCUACUCGCAGACUGGUCGCUACUGAUUUCAAAUAGAGCUUGGAGGAUAAAUCUGCAAAUUUCUUUCAACCAAACUUGGCAACAAAAUGGAAGAAAAAAAAACACAGUGCGAAAGUGAAGUUGAAAUUCCCAGCGUGCCAGUAAUUCAGUUUUACCCUCAAUUAUACAAACAGCGGUACCGGUUUGUUGAAGAUUUAGUGUAUCGUUAUGAACCCAAGAAGGUUGCAGACCUGGGAUGUGGUGAUGCUUCACUCUUAAGGCAGUUGAAAAAAUUGUCAUGCAUUGAAUUGCUUGUUGGAGUGGAUAUCAAGGAUGAGCACAAUUUAGAAAUGGAUGGGUAUUAUCUGCGACCCUACAUCACACAACGCUUGUUCCCCCGAGAGCUGGAAUUGACUAUUAUAUUGUAUCAAGGGUCUGUUGUGGAGAGAGACUCUCGUUUGCUUGGAUUCGACAUGAUAACAUGCAUUGAAUUAAUAGAACAUUUGAAUCCAGACGAUCUGGCCAAAUUUCCUGAAGUGGUAUUUGGGUACCUGUCUCCAUCCAUGGUUGUCAUCAGCACACCAAACUCUGACUUCAAUCCCCUAUUUGAAGUAGUGACUGUAAGAGACUUUGAUCAUAAAUUUGAGUGGAGUAGGAAGGAAUUCCAGAGUUGGGCUUUACGCGUGGCAGAGACCUAUAGUUACUCUGUGGAGUUUACUGGUGUGGGAGAACCACCAGCUGGAGCUGAGAGUGUUGGAUUCUGUACCCAGAUUGGCAUCUUUCGGAAAAACGGGGCAAAGGCAGCCGAGUCGUGUGCUUCAGAGCAGCGUGAACAGCAUGUUUAUAAGCCUGUUGUUACAAUCUCAUUCCCAAGUCUGCAGCAGGAAAAAUACUUCAAGACCACGGUGGUUAGUGAAGUGUGCAAACAAGUGAAAAUCAUGCGAAUGGAAUAUCUGCGUGGGCUGAAGGAACAGGAGGAGGGCAGGGAACCGAGUAACGAGUCAGACCCUCGCUUAUUGGCCCCCAUGCUAUGGGAGGGACAACUCUAUACAGAAGCUGAAAAAGCUAGGAUAGAGGCGUCUGCUAAGCCCUUCAGUGUUAAAGAUAAGUUCUAUGUGCCCCUGCAAAGGCUCCCUGCUUAUGUCAGGCUGCACCACUUAGGUGUUAGCGAAGAAAGAAUUAGGUCAGUCCUUGCUGACUCCGGAACUUUGAGCAGCGAUGGUUCUGCAGUGGCGAUUGACCUGCACGAUCCUCCUGAACCCGAUGAUUAUUCCGAUGAUUAUCCUGAUGGUGACGAUUAUCCUGAUGGUGAUGAUUAUCCUGAUGGUGAUGAUUAUCCUGAUGGUGAUGAUUAUCCUGAUGGUGAUGUUGAUUAUCCUGAUGGUGGUGAUGAUUAUCCUGAUGGUGGUGAUGAUUAUCCUGAUGGUGGUGAUGAUUAUCCUGACGGUGAUGAUUAUCCUGAUUGUGAUUAUCAUCCCGGAGAUGAGCCCGGAGAUGAGCCUGGAGAUGAGCCCGGAGCUAUCCUUAUAUCCUGAGAUUCAGGAUCUUUGAUAUUUGGGCUCAGAAUUUCGUUUGAACUUCUUAUGUAGUUGUAGUUCAAGUAAUGUUUUUAAAGUUUUAGUAUGCAUGUCCAAGUUUAAAGCUGGUGGACAAAUCUUGGCUUACAGACAGACUGCUGUAAGCCCUGAGAAAGAUACGAGGGUUCAACAAGGGUGUGCUUUUUUUUGAAACUGGACAUUUUCUUUGAUUUUUUUCCAAGAAUAAAGUAAUUGGAUACGGUAA